AAAAUGCAUUGAAUCCUCUAAGGAUCAAUAUAAAGGCGAAAAAAUGACCGAAUAUGCCAUGAAUUCGUCCUCUUACGACCAUGAAAACUCAUCGAUGCUUCAGGAGGAGGAAGUUAAAAAGCACAGAGAACCAAUGACCGCUGCUUAUGGUUGCAAAAACAAAAAGAAGAAUAUUGUUUCACUGAUUGAAAAUGAUGGUGGCGAUGCUCCGAUUGUAGAUCUUGUUCCUACAAAGGAAUAUAAGAGAGACAUGAUCGGAAAAGACAAUAAUAACUUUUCAAUUGUAGAUGUUGUUUCCACAGAGGAAACCGAAAUGAACAUGGAAUUAGCAGUGGGCUGUGAAUUCUGUGUGACUGGUUAUCAUAAGGAGAUACCCUUGGCUGUGCUAAUGGGGGAAGUAGAGACUACGCACAAUUACAUUAAUGAAACAUUAGCUGAUAAGUUAGGUUGUGAGACAGUUCCAAUCCAGCCUCAAAUUGUUCGCUCAGAUUUGGGGGAAAUGGUGACCUCCAGACUAUGCAACAACUUUCAAUUGUCAAUGGAAGGCAUUGUGUUUAAUUUGAAAGUAUAUCUACUUCCACUUCCGUUGAAAUAUGACAUGAUUUUAGGAGGGGAAUGGCUAGGGGCCCUUGAGAAAAUUGUAAUUAGCUAUGCUGGUAUAGAGUUGUACUUACUAGAAGGAGAGAAGAAAUUCAUACCUUUCAAAAAGCCGUUAGAGGUCAAAGACGCAAGCGUUUCUAAAUGAGUUGCUGAUGAUUCUUAGGGAUGGUAAAUAUGAUUUAUCAUUCUAUUAAUGCCUAUUUGUUUCUGUUGUCAGUAUUCAUAUAACUUGUUCUAUGUCAUUUGAGUUAUGAAUUGUUUGUUAAGUUGUAAUAAUGUUAUUUGCUAUUAUGAAUUCACAUUCAACUCUGGUAUUUUAAUUGUCUAAGGGUUUUGUCCUGCCCCUCUUAUUUGCGCAACUUAUAUACAUGAAGAUUGAAGGGUACAAUUUUUUUUGCGGCGUCGAAUUUAUUCUUGUAUUAUUAAAAACAAUUUACAUUAGUAUUUUUUAUAUUUUUGGUCAACUUACCUAUUUUUAUUUCUUAAGAUUUUAUAAACCUUAUG